CGGCGGAGGAGAUCUUCAAUGGAUAGCGAGAUUCAGAAGGACGGUCGGAUUUUAGAUUUAGUUGAUGACGCCUGGAAGGAAGAUAAAUUACCGUAUGAAGAUGUGACCGUUCCACUGAAUGAACUUCCAGAGCCUGAACAUGAUAACGGCAGGGCGGUGGAGUUUGUUAAAGAGCAAGAAAUGAAAUGGGCGGAUCUGGCUUUGCAGUACCUGCAUGAAAACAUCCCUGUGUCAGGGAACUAAAUGCCUCUGGCCUGCUCAGAUCUUAAAUGUUUGGAACAAGGUUUCUAUUUGAUUGGUUGCUUUUU